CGCCAACCCUUACACUGACUGGACGUGGCCUUAGUUGCUCCUGCGAGACGGCGCGGGACGUCUUUCACACGGGAGCCAGGAAGAUCCUCACGCUGCGGGAGGCAACGUAGGAAGAGCCUUUGUUUGAGCAUCCUUCCUAAUCCUUCUUUUCGAAAAUGACCAAAAAAUCAAAUCAGGCGGCAGUGAGGGAGGGGGGGCGGGCCUCUCUGGACGACAAAACCAACCCGGACAGAAAUCAGAACGACUCCAAAGGAGGGUCGUCCGCCGGGAAGUACCAGCUGCGCCCGCGCUCCCUGCACGCUCGCCGCCGCUGCGACGCCGACUGGAACAUCCAGGACAAGCGGAAGCCGAAGUCACGGCCGGCGCCUCUCUCGAAGUACCGCAGAAAGACCGCUAACACGCGGGAGCGGCACCGCAUGCGGCAGAUCAACUGCGCCUUCGAGAAAUUACGCGAAAUGCUUCCGCGGUGCAGUGCCAGCCGCCGCGGAGCCGCCUCCGACAUGACCAAGUUCACGACGCUGAGACUCGCCUCCGCCUACAUCAAGGCGCUGCAGGAGAUCCUGGACGCCAACACGCGGCAGGACGCCCCGGACGAGGUGUUCCUCGACACCCACUCCGCCGUCGCCAACUCGGGCCGCCAGGACAACUGCUCGUGGCUCCUCCCGCCCGGCCUGGAGGACGACGCACCCUUCCUCCAGGAGCCGCAGCUGGAGCUCUACCCCGACAGACCCGUGAGGCUGCCGCAGCACCGCCAGGACGACGACGGCGCCGUCACGGACUCUGAACUCGCAUCCCUCCUCUGCGACUCCUCGGACUCGGGCGUCUUCGAGGACAACCUCGAGUCGUUCUCGUACCUCUCGCCGAUGUACGGGCCGGACGAGGUGGCGCUGCUGUUGCUGGAGGCCGAGACGUCGUCCUCGUGGUCCGAUCUCACCUACACGAAGUUCGCCAUCUCUUAACACGCGUGUUUGGAAGCGCAGUGGAGUCGCUCGCACGCCCCUGUGACUGAGGCUGACGUUCUCCGACGCUGAGUUCGAGGCUUUUCCUUGGAUGGCACUUCUGCUGCAGAGGCUGAAGAAGCGGCAUAGUGAGAAAUUCUGAUAAAGAUUCCACGAAGUGAAUGAUAAUAGAAAUAAUCAGAUUUAGGUUA